CCGCCACAUAUUUGUCUGGCGGCCGCCACUUAAUCAUCUGGCGACCGCGACGUUCUUAUCGCUAAAAUAGUUUAUCUGCGCCGCCAUAGAGAACCAUGGAUGAAGCAAUAGCUUUAUUCCAUAAGCUUGGACUAUCACAGCCCGAAAUAUUAGAAUAUCUGGCGUAUAUUUGCAACGUUGUUAUCAGUAAAAGCACUCUUAAAAGAAAGCUUGGAUGCAUGGGACUUUUUCGAAGGAAGAACUACUCUGACAUUGUAACAGUAGCUGUUUUUUUAGAGAAAUUGCUUCAAGAAUCUACGGAAUCACACGGCUACAAGCUUCUGCAUCUCAAAUGUACCCAAAAGGGAUUUGUCGUCAGCCAGGAGACAGUUAGAUUACUUAUUCAUAUCUUGGAUCCCAUUGGAAUCAGGCAACGUCGUAGGGGUCGCUUAAACAGGCGGAUUUACGACAAUCCUGGGCCAGAUUUCGUGUGGCAUAUUGACUCAUACGACAAAUUAAAACCAUACGGAUUCUGCAUCAACGGUGCAAUAGACGGCUUUUCUAGGUCCAUCAUAUGGUUAGAAGUGUAUUCUUCAAAUAGUGAUCCUGCCUUGAUAGGAUGUUACUUCAUGAAAGCUGUAAAGUCGAGAGGAGCCUGCCCUAAAAGAGUGCGUGCUGACAGGGGAACAGAAAAUGGCCACGUUGAAGUAAUGCAAUUUUUUUAAGAAGAGAUCAUGCUGACGCCUUUGCAUCAAGAAGUUUUGUAUAUGGAUCCAGUAAUCACAAUCACCGAAUAGAAGCUUGGUGGUGCUUUCUACGCAGACAUUUUACCCAAUUAUGGAUAAAUCUCUUUCAAAUGAUGAAAAAUGAGGACAAAUUCGAUGGGAAUUUCAUUGACAAAAGUCUGUUACAAUUCUGCUUUAUGCGGAUCAUGCAGGAUACACUGGAUGAUGUUGCCCAACUUUGGAAUGCACAUAGAAUUCGCCCUUCCCGUCACCAGAUUGCACUAAGUGGACGGCCAAAUACAAUGUAUCAUCUACCGGAAGUAUAUGGAUUUAAUCACCAGGCUUGUCCAGUGAAGCCUGAACAUGAACAAGAGUGUGAAAGCAUCUGUACCCCAAAAAAUACUGUACGUUGCGACAAAGACAUUUUCGAAUUGUGCUGCAUCAUCAUGACAGAAUACAAUGUUUCUUCGCCACGAGAUGCUGAAGAAGCAACACAACUUUACAGAUUUCUUCGCGAAAUAAUUCUUGACGAUCUGCAAGAGUGAAUUUAACUAUCGAUGUCUACAGUAUCCUUACGGCCACCGCAGCGACAAAUAUAUAUUGAUUAAUUUGAUUCUAUCCAAUCUCAUACUGCAGGACUCUACCUCGGCAGAUAUCUAAGAAUGACCAACACAGGUUCCUCAGAACAGUGUUAUUAUAACUUAAUAAAUGUUCAA